AGAAUAUAAAUUAAGAUGAACCAUAACAGAGCAGCACAGACUGAUAUCAUGAUGAUCACAGGAAAAAUCUGUGUAUUUGGGCUGCUGCUGCUCUUCACAACUGUUUUAAGUACAUCAGUAGCAGACAAACCAGGAGAAUGCCCAUCAGUGAGGUUCUUGGCAGAAACGUUUUGGUCCCGCUAUAACAGAUGUGAAUGUGACGAUAAUUGUGAAGGAAACAAGAAGUGUUGCAUGGACAAUGGUGAAAAAUUCUGCAAAUCUCCAGCACAAGAGAGACCAGGCACCUGUCCCAAUGGUACAAAUCUGCCACGUGCUACCGAUUUCUGCACCUCCGACAGUGAAUGCCCUGAUGUAUCCAAGUGCUGCUUCAAUGAAGGUGGAAAGACCUGCCUGCCUCCUGUGAAAGAAAAGAUGGGCUCCUGCCCUCCUAAAGAAGUGAUCAAUUGCUUUGUUCCGAUGAGGAGCACUUGUGAAUCUGACUCCACGUGUCCUGGUGAUGAUAAAUGCUGCCCAUCUGGAUGUUACAAAGAGUGCCUGGUAUGUAGUUCUGAUGGGAGAAGAAAAUUAAGUGAAUACAUGCCAACGAUCAUAUAGGAAAUGUAGGGGCUCAUUUAUAAAUGUUGUGCCGCAUUUUAUCAUGGCACAUUAGUGUAUUGAUUCUGCAUCUUGUGUACUAGACUAUAUCUUACUGCUUUUAGAUAAUGUGCAGGACAGGUCAUGUAUGUACAGUAUAAUGCCUACCAGUGGUAGAGUAACCAUUACAAAUACGAGCGGUAAACUAGCGCCACCACCUGGCAUUCCAGGAAGUACUAUGAUGCACAGUGUUAGAAAUAGAAAUUGGCAUGCUUUGCUUUGUGGCUGUGAAGGAGUCCUGACAAACGCACUAACAAGGGUGCGGUUAAUCAGCUACAUAGUACAGGUAUGGGACCUGUUAUCCAGAAUGCUCAGGACCUGGGGUUUUCAGGAUAAAGGAUC